AUGUCGUUAACGCCUGAACAGCAGAAUCUCAAGCAACGCUUCGAUGCAGAACUCGGCCCAGCCGCCUUCGACGAAACAUGGUCUCGCAUGCUGAAACAUGCACCUGAGAUGUUCACUGCAAGCUUGCGACUCACUGGCGUGCCGAAAAAGAAAGGCUACCUCUCACCCAAGGUACAAAGCCUUGUGCACACCCGCGCCGCGCUAGCCAAUGGCGCAACAAAAGCCGAGAUUGUUGAAACCCUAUGCCUAACCUCAACUCUGGGUAUCCAUGCCGGUACUACUGGCAUUCCCAUUUUGUGCGAAGUGUUAGAAGAGCAAGGAAAGGGUAUCCCAAAGGGUCUGGAAGGCAUGAACAAGGGACAGUUGGCGUUGAAAGAAGACUUUGAAAAGAAGCGGGGUUACUGGAAUACUAUGUGGGAAGAAUUCCUCAGACUGAGUCCCGAGUUCUUUGAUGCAUAUACGGAAUUUAGCUCCGUGCCAUGGGUGAAUGAGGGGGGCAAAGGAGUGCUAGAACCAAAAGUCAAGGAACUCAUAUACUGCGCGUUCGAUACAGCUGCCACUCACAUGUACCAGCCGGGGCUAAAGCUCCACAUGAGGAAUGUGCUCAAUUACGGAGGGACAGCAGAAGAAAUCAUGGAAGUUCUCGAGUUAGCGUCACUGCUCAGUAUAAGCACGAUGGAUGUUGGGUUAGAGGUCCUUGAUAAGGAACUGGCGAAGCAGUCAUUCUGA